AUUUAAAAAUUUAAAUAUAAUGACGGAUGGUCUAGUGUGCUACAUGUGUGUUACGUUAGGGGUCACAGACUGACAGUAACACGUACAGUUAUUUCUUGGUCAGUUACUGUGAUUAUCCAUUCUAAGCUGCUUCAUGUGAUGCCGAGCCGCUUAAAUGGGUUGGCACUCUCGAACCCGAACCCUGCAAGUGUUUGACACGGAGUUAAGCGCUGAUACCGUGGAGUGGUGCCCAUUACCACAGUGGUCUCACGUUCUGGCAUGUGGGAUUUACCAACUUCAAAAAGGGGAUGAUAAGCAAACCGCGGAAGAUUCUCCUGCCCCGAGCAGAAUCGGUCGACUGUAUCUGUUUGACUGUAAUCCGCGACCAUCGUUCAUCCCUCCACUGACUGAGACUCAGCGGAUAGACACCCCUGCUGUACUCGAUGUCAAAUGGUGUCACGUGCCGAUAUCAGAACGCCCAUUGUUGGGUAUGGCCACUGCAAGUGGAGAAAUCCAGUUGUACAAGCUUAUGGAAUCUCAGCAGGGCACCUGCGUUCUGGAGUGUGAGUUGAGCACAGAGUUGGGUCCUGACAGACUGGCCUUGUCUUUAGACUGGUCCACAGGGAGAGGUGAGAGCAGUGAUGUGCGUGUGGUGUCCAGUGAUUCGAGCGGCUCUCUCACAGCGCUGUCUCUGGGGGAAGCCACUUUAACCACUGUGUGUCAAUGGAAAGCUCAUGACUUCGAAGCCUGGAUAUCAGCAUUUAGUUACUGGGAUACACAGAUUGUUUAUUCAGGUAUGAGGGUAACCGUUGUGGAACUGUUGCAUGUAUGGUCAUUGAUUCAGUGUGGUUUACCAGGAAUACAGUCGUGCAUGUACAGAGAGUACAGCAGUGGGCCCAGCACGGAGCCUUGUGGGGAGCCAGUGCUGAGUGUAAGAAUGGGUCCCUCUUCCCCUUCCUUCACCAGCAAGAGACACACUAUGGGAGUAUGCAGCAUACACAGUAAUCCUCAUCGCGAGCACAUACUAGCCACAGGAAGCUAUGAUGAGAACAUGUUGCUCUGGGACGGGAGGAACAUGAAGCUGCCCUUGAGUGAGACUGCAGUGGGUGGAGGUGUGUGGAGACUCAAGUGGCACCCCAGUCAAGAGCACCUGCUGCUAGCUGCAUGCAUGCAUAAUGAUUUCCACAUUCUCCACUGCCAGAAAGCUAUGGAGGGACAAGAUGCACCGUGCCCAGUUCUGGCCUCCCAUAUUCUACACAACUCCUUAGCAUAUGGAGCAGAUUGGUCCAGACUCCCCUUAAGCAACUCCACACCCCCCUCUCCUCAAGAACCUCCCCGAACCAGCGUUGGGCUCACAGAGUCUGGAGGCCAUCUCAGGAUCCAGUAUGAAUCUCCCACUGCCAGCUUUGACACCUCUCUGGAGGAUGAAUCGGGGCAGUACAUACCCGAGCAGUGUUCAUUACCAGAAAAAAGUUCAAUUCCAGACCCCUUCACCAGCCCUGCUAGAGACUCCCAGUCUCUGUCCUGCCUGAUGGCUAGCUGCUCCUUCUACGACCACAUGAUGCACGUGUGGAGAUGGGACUGGAGCCCAGAGGAAAAACAGAAGCCGUCUGAACCCACCCCUCUUCCUGAGCACAGCCGAUAUGAUGGGCUUUAAAAAGCUGAGGAUAUUUGGACCUGCACAUUUCAAUGCAUUGUGUUGCUGUAACAUCUACAGUAUUGCUUAGCAUUCAGUAUAUGCAAUUUUGAGAUACUUUAUCUUUAUUUCAACCGAGUGUCAUUUUUUUGACUAUAUAUUUUAGCUAGAAAAUGUAAGGGACCUUUUCUAGUUUUACACUGAGAACCAGACAAAGACCUUUUAUAACAAAUAAGCCAUAACCCUUUUAAUAA